AUGAGCCACCACUCGCCGCCACAGCCACCGGGAGUUGAGGACCUAGAGGUCGAGGGGAACGUACAUGCAAUUACCCUUAGUUCUGAUGGCCACGCGACGCUAUUCUACCACGACGAAGAGAUUAUCAGCAACUUCCAUGCUCAAAUCAACGUGAUGAAUCAACACACUCUUCUUCUCGAGCAGAAACUACACAGCAGCAACGAAGAUUGCGAGUCCGCAAGGGAACAGCUAUACGAGAGCGAGAUCGCUCGAUAUAACGAACUGCAAUCGCGGACAGCAUUCCAGCGUCAUCUCCAACUCGAGCAACACAGGUAUAGCGAAUGUACCCGAGCGUACCAAUCGCUCCACCUGCAGCACAGCCAGAUGACGACCGAUAUGGAAGCUAUUUUCACAUUCAACGAGAUGCUACGGCAAGAAGUCGAGCAUAGUCAGUUUAUUAUUGAAUCUAUGGCGGAGAAGAUCGCGACCUUCGAAACCGCAGCAGAGGCCAUGAUCAAAUCACUGAAGGAGCGGUCGACAGAACACCUCGACGCGGUGGUUGCGGCCCACGGCCCUGAGCCCCCCGCUGCGAUAGAUCACGCCGAACCAAAGACUGAGGCCCGAAGCCCUGAGCCUUCAGCCACCAUGCUAACGGCUACCGAGCUGGUUGGAUUGCCCAAGGCAACGAGUACUACGCCACGCCCCACCUCUUCGGCUUCUCCUACUAAAAAGCGGCGAUCACAAAAGGCAUCAAGUAGAUCCGAGGGGAGCGGGAAGUCAAGGAAAUUAAAGUCUUUAUCGAGUGAAAUCGCGGUAGAUGCUCAGGAUAGAGCUUGA